AUGGGGCGUCCGCCGGCGUACAUCUUCGUCGUCAGGCACGGCGCACGUCUCGACGGCGCCGACAAGAGAUGGCAUCUCACCUCUCCGACACCCUACGAUCCUCCUCUGACCUACGGCGGAUGGCAGCAAGCCAAGGCUCUCGGUGUCAGAAUCGCCAGCAUUCUGCGCCAGGCCGAGGCUGAUCUGAACAAGGCCCCGAACGGUCGCGACAGCUCAACAGACUCGAAGAAGCGACGCAAGUUCAAGGUCGUCCUCCACAGCUCCCCGUUCCUACGAUGCGUCCAGACCUCCGUCGCCAUCAGCGCCGGCCUGGCCCAGGCGCCUCCUCUGAACACUCCGUCCUACCCAAUUCCGAUGCCUUCACCCAGCGCGAACCCCUCUUCCUCCCCGUUCGUCCUUCCGGCUUCUGCUACCGAGGAAGUCGACCCUCUCUCCGCCGAUACGAGCGAACGAAAGUCCGAAGUGCCGAAGAAAAAGAUUAAGAAAUCAACGCUACGUCUCGACGCUUUCCUGGGCGAGUGGUUGUCUCCGGAAUACUUUGAAAUGAUUACCCCGCCGCCCGGCUCCGCCAUGAUGCUGGCAGGCGCGAAGGCAGAUCUUCUUCGGCGGGAGAACAUUAGCUCCCACGAUCAAAUCAUUGAGCACGUUCACCAUCAUGCCAACUCUGUUGGUCAGGCCCAGAGUCAGCUCUGGAACAGCCCCAAAUUCAAAGCCACCCCCGAGCGAUCCGGCUCAGCCGACUCCAAUGCGCCGUCCGUAUUUGGGCUGGACAGUCUGACUUCGCCGACCGGCGCCCUUCCGCGAAGCCGCGCGGAUAGCGCCGCCAGUUCAUCCAGCCAACGAGUCCGUUUCAUGGUUCCCGAACCCGGUAAUCCGAACGACGGAUAUGUUGCCCCGACCCCGAACUACGCAGUCUCGUCGAAUGUCAAGAUCCCCGAAGGAUACGUUGCCCACGCAAGGGACGCAUGUGUGAACGUUGACUACCAGUGGGAUUCCAUGCGAGAGCCCCUCGAAUGGGGUGAUGGAGGCAAAUACGGCGAAGAGUGGACAGCUAUGCACCAGCGAUUCAGGAAGGGUAUUCAGAAGCUCGUGGACUGGUACACCACCGCUGAGCGCCCUGCUGAGAUGGUCACUAAAACGGUGAAGACCUCUCACAACGGCGACAACGAAUGCGCCAUCGAUGACGAGGACGAUGAGGACGUCGAGUCGAUCGUCAUUCUUGUGUCUCACGGUGCAGGAUGCAAUGCUUUGAUUGGCGCCAUCACCCACCAGCCGGUCCUCAUGGACGUUGGCAUGGCGUCGCUGACAAUGGCCGUCCGCAAACCCAACCGCGAGACCGAGCCAUCCGGUUUGGACACGCCCAUGUCUGAGGUUUCGGACCCAUUGUCUCAGCCUGGCAUCAUUCCAGUGCAUCAAUACUACGACCUAAAGCUGUUCGCCAACACCGACCAUUUACGACCAACCUCGUCUGCUACGCACAAUCUCUCCAGGGCUCCGUCUACAGCUUCGAAUUCGAGCGUCUCGCAGAAUGGAGCACGAGGCCGCAUCUCGGCGAAUACGACGAACUCGUACACACCAGCCCCCAUCACUUUCAACCCCGAAUCCUUUGUCUUUCCAGGAAGCCGAAGUACUUCGGCCAACGCCAACCUCGGUAGCAUGCGCCGCACGUCUCAAAACAAUGCCUACUCUCUGCCCAGGGCUCCCACUCUGAACACCACCGGCAUUACCGUGGGAAGCGGCGUCACGAGUUUUACGAACAACGCGCCCCCGAUCAACACCAACCCUUCGCCGACACUGUCCGUCGGCCUGUGGUCGCCCAUCACACCCAAGAAGGACACGGACGACGAAGACGAAGACGAUGACAUCUUCCCGGACUUUGACCACCGAAAGAAGCUGGCAGCGCUCUCCCAACAAGGCCCGGAGAUCGUCAAGCCGCCGACGCCCGAGCGAAAGGAGCCGCAGUUCGGUGGUCCCACCAAGGUCCCCCUGAGGUUCCAAGAGAUCUCGCGCCCGACCUCCAGCGACGGCACGGAAGACGAAAACAAAGUCGCGCCGCUCAGCUUCUCCAACGGCGGUCUAUGGGGAGCGCCGCGGCCCCUCGGCGAGACGGAGAUUAUGCGCGACAUGACGACCUCCAAGAGGCGGUGGACCGUCAACGAGCGCGCUUAG